AUGCGAUCCAUCACAUCCUGGAAAGCGUCUAGACCGGCGUGCAAAAUAUUGACGCGUGCGGCACCUGAUCAGGGACCUUCAACAACGACAAUAGCCGUUAACGCAACGCUUCCAAUGGUGAAUACGAUAUUUAUUGCACACGGCGAUGCAAAUAUUUGCGACAUUUAG